AAUCAGCAUUUCUACUUUGUUCUAAUGGCAUUUAAAUUAAUAGGACGUCUGGGUGUGCUCACUGGACUCGUGUACUACACAACUCGUUUAGGUAUGUGGGCUGAGCCAAAUGAUUUUAAGGAAAUGAUUGCGCGUCGACUGCCUGGAAUAAUUGCUAAUAAUGCACCUGGCAACAAGGAGCUGAAAAUUGAAAGCGUUGAAAAUUUCAAUUUCAUGGCGCACAAGAAUUACAAUAAAGCUGUUAAGCGUAAUCUCUACUUUUCCUAUCGUCUGCCCGAUUGGACAAACGAUUAUCUAACGCAUACCUCCAAUAUUUUGAGCGAAAGCUUUGCCGAAACAAAGCGACUAACUGAUCUCAGAACUAAGCCUGCCAGACUUCAAAGCGAGAGCAAUAGCUUGCAAGAGCUGCUGCAUAAAAGUAAUGCCAUAAGGCCACCAAAGAUUAAGGAUGACAUUACCUGUGGCAAGCGUGUGCUAACUUAGCUGGCGUUCAGUUACUGUAAUUGCUACUUUACCACUAAAUUCCUGGUCAUGAAAAUUAUAUUCGAUUAUGCAUUACGCACUGGCUUUGUUGUGGCCGUUGUACUGGCCACACGCAACUGCGGCGUUUGGGGCGAUGGUGCAGAGACGGAGGAGAUCUACAACAAUGCCAUAGUGCAGGCCAAGCCAUAUGCACAGCAAGCUACUGAAAAGCUCAACAUCGAGAUGCCAGCCAUGCCCGCCCAGCGACAGAUCUCAUUCUUUGGCGUCUAUUGCUAUAAUCAAUCGGUGUUGGCCUUUUUCAAUUUGCUCAAUAAAUGCCCUCACUACAUAAAUAGCUUUGUGGAAGACAUGCCUGGCUUGUUCGAACAAAUCUCGCAGCGCAUACGCAACGCUUACAAGGAAUUUCAACAAAAGCGUACAAUGGAACAAAUAUUAAGGGAGCAAAGGCAGUGCAUUGGUGACAACUGCGGAAAGUCGCCACCGGAUUCAGAGCUUGAAUCCGCUUGCAAAUGUGCAAAGCCCAAGCAACCAAAGCAGCCACCAGUUGGCUUACUGCCCAGCGAAAAGGAAGGCUGUAUUGCGAAUCAAAAGCGUCAUUGUGAUGAUGAUAUCUACAAGCCCAGAUAUGAUAAGCCAAGGCAGCAUGAACUGCCUGAAACGAAAUGCUAUUGUCCCAAAUGCGAGCGACGCGAAUCCGAGGGCUGGUCGGAUAACAAACCUAAAUGUCCCAAGCGCAGCGGCGGCAGCACUAUGAUAACAACAGAGCGAUGAGCCCAGAGCGUAAUAGUAAACUAAAAUUCAUAUAUAGUAUAACCGUUUAGACAACACGAACCUUUGAUCAAACUCACAACAGUCGGAUGUUUCUCCAGCCGCACUUCUUGUCCAUUAACCUGCAAUUAAUAAAUAAAUAGUUGA